UGACGCUUUUGUGAUACGAUUAGGUCCGUAAAAAUUACAUACCGCACUUCACCACAGGCCGAAUGAUCAUUCAACCGCAGUAAAUUUCCAAUUUAUUCAUGAAAUUCAAUUGUCAACAUUCAAACACAUCCAAAAUUUAAUGCAUCGCAUCUGUAACGUUGCACUCACUGUCGGCCAAAUGCAUCGCAUCAACAUCCUGCGAAUAGGUUGCAAUGAACUCCAAUAUGCAAUACAGUGCCGGUAUUACUCAAAAGAAGUCCGCAAGACUUCGUUCUUCUCGCGGUUGUACGACAACCUGCGAGAAGAGAUGGCUAAGAACAAAGAGAUGAAAGAGUCUCUCAAAAAGUUCAGAGAUGAAGCUGAGAAAUUAGAGCAGAGUGAUGCAUUGAAGGCCGCCAGACAAAAAUUCGAAACAGUCGAGAAAGAGGCGAGUAAAGGCGGCGAGGUGUUUAAGGAGCGUCUUUCUACCUUGAAAGAUAAAGUAUCUGGUGUAAUUGAAGAAGCUGGAAAGGCUGAUGUUGUCAAAAAGGCUUCCAAAAUUACAGAGGAUAUUAGCAAGACUGUUUCACAUAAUAUUCAAGAAAAGGCACAAGUUAUUGGCAAAACCACAGCUUUUCAGACAAUAAGUGAAGCUGGAAAGGCUGUACAAAAAGAAAUAGAUACUGAUAGCAUGCAAGGUCGAGUAUAUCAAAGUCCAGUAAAAUUACGAAAACGAACCGAUACGGACGCUCUAGGCAAAGCUAAUAAGUAUUACGAACCGAACACGGAAGCACUCGGCGUGGAACUACACAAAGAUUCAAAAUUCUACGAGUCUUGGCAAAACUUCAAAGACAACAAUCCUUAUGUACACAAAGCAAUGGACUGGAAGCUAAAAUACGACGAAUCCGACAAUCCGGUGAUACGUGCCUCCCGCCUGCUCACCGAAAAAGUCUCCGAUGUCAUGGGCGGACUCUUUCAGAAGACAGAACUUUCCGAAACGCUCACGGAGAUCUGCAAAAUUGAUAACACAUUUGAACAAAAACGGUUUCUCAAGCAGUGCGAAAUGGACAUCAUCCCUAACGUCCUAGAAGCGAUGACUCGUGGUGAUUUAGAGAUUCUCAAAGACUGGUGCCAUGAGGGUCCUUAUAAUCUAUUCGCGUUGCCGAUUCAAGAGGCGUACAAGAAGGGAUACAUAAUCGAAUCAAAAAUUCUCGAUGUAGACAAUGUGGAUCUGGUCAUGGGUAAGGUAAUGGACCAAGGGCCGGUGUUGAUUAUCACGUUCACCUCGCAGCAAAUCAUGUGCGUGAAGGAUUCGAGUGGCGGUAUUGUCGAAGGUGAUCCCGAGAAGGUGAUGCGAGUGACAUACGUAUGGGUGUUGUGUCGCGAUCCGACUGAGUUAAAUCCACGCGCUGCGUGGCGACUUCUUGAUUUAUCUGCGAGCAGUAAUGUUCAGUUGGUGUAAUUUUUACCAUGCAAAGUACAAAAAGUAAACAACUCGAGACGAGCGAACCGGUUUAGAAAACUAGCCGAUUUUGUUGGUUUUAUCAAUUUUCUUUUGUAUAUAUAUAUUUUCUUCGGUUAUACAGCGCGAGUUAUUACGGCGUAGGAUAAUACACAUCAAAUUUUACUUGAUAUGUGUGUAUAAUAACUUUAUACAUUGUGGAAAACACAAGAAAACAAUAAAAAUGACUUAAAGCCAAUCUAAGCGGCGAUUAACUGCGAACGAUUUAAUACUAUGUAAUUCGUAGUUAAUGUUAAACGAGAGGCAAAUCAUUAAGUACGAUUUAAUUGCCAAUUUAAAAAUUGGCUUAGCUUUAAAAGAUCAUUAUUUUUUAUCAAGAGUGAAGCACAUGGAAACACAAAAUAUGAACAUUGAAUUAAGGUACUGAUGUUGUACUUGGUUAUUUUCUUUACAAUGAUAGAGAAACUUUAAAUAAAAUGUUACUGUUUUCUAAA